AUGGUCGGGACCCCGCAUGGCCGUCAGCCAGAUCCCGAAACUUUUGCCAAAAACCGAGAGCUUGAGGUUAUUCAUGCUAGUGUGGUCAAUGCUCGGAGCUUUGGAUGUGUCUUCCCCGAGCUUCUCGCCGAGAACGGAGCCAAGUUUGGCGAGCCACGUGUGGUUCAAGGCUCGGUUCUCAAUCUCGAGCGAUGGUGGUCUCGACUAUUUGGGAAACCCUGGCUCGAUCCAUGCUCAAAGCAUUUUAGCCAUAUGGGCAACUUAGGUGCUCCUCUGAGGCGACCGUCGAGGUUACCGCAUCGCUGCGAGGACCUCUCGUUGAGACCGCUCGCCGGUUCGCGCAUGUCAAGAAUGAGCAUUGGGAGAGUAGGAGACUAUCGAGCGCACUCGAUGAUACUAAGACAAUCGCAGUACCGUUGUACAAAAUUUUAUGGUUCGAAGUGGACACCAUUGCAAAAAUCACUCGUAUCUCUCCCACGCAUGGCCUAA